AUGAAUUGCAAUUAUCAUCAAGAUAGUCGAAUAGAAUUGAUUUGUGUUGCUUCUCAUAAAUGUUAAAGGAAACUCUGUUCAUAAUGCGAACAUUAAGAGGAAUACAGUACCCAUGACGCACGUCUUUUCGAACAAUUUCAUAAAUCACUAUUAAAAUAAUUAGAUGAAUCAAAUUUAGAAGAGAAAAAUGAUUUCAAAUAAGAUCUGAGUGAUAUUGAAAGUAUGUUGUAAAAAAUUAAGGAAGAAUUAUCAAAAAUAAUAGCAGAGAUAUGUUAUAAUAUUGAUUAGAAAAACGAAUAUUAUUUGAAUGUGACAAAUGAAACUACUAAUCUAGCAGAAUAGUCAUAUGUUAAAUUAGAAGAAUUGCUUGAAAUUCAUUAAGGAACAUUAUUAGAUGAUUGGAAAUGCGAGAAACAAUUUUAUUUGGGCCAAAUGAAAGACAUGAUACAAUUUUCAUAGAAAGAAAUUACCACUUUGAGUGAAAGGCUAAAUCAAAAAAUUAUUUGUUUUAGAGAAUUUCAAAAAAUUGGAUAAAAAUGUUUCGUUUGGAAAGAAGAUUUGUAUGAGGUUUUAGCUUUAACAAAAGAUAUAAACAGUAAUGAUGAAAUAUUCAAUGUUAUUCUUUAAAGUAUAAAAAAAUAAGAUAAAACCCCUCUAGAUUAUUGUUUUUUUAAUUCUAUUAAAAAAAAAUUCAAAGAAGAAAUCAAUUUCUAUAAUCACGAUUUAACUGAAAUUUAAAAGUAAACCAAAUUGAAGAAUAAAAACAAUGAUAUUUAGAUUAUCGCCCAUGUUAUCAAAAAUAUUCGCGAACUUGAAUUUUAUAAAAUGAAUUAUUCUUUAUAGGAUUUUUAAGAAACUAGGAAAAUCCUAAUUUAACAAAUAGAAAACGAUGAGAAGAUUAUGAAAUUUUUAAUAUUUUUAGUAAAACUUACAAGCUUUGAUGAAAAAUUUAUUUAAUGUGGAUCAAAUUCACUUAAUUUGUUAGUUGAGAUGAAGGCUGAUCUGAGAGGAUAAUGCUUUAAUAAUAUUAGGAUAUAAGAUACUUUAUUAAUAAGAGCUAAUUUUGCAAGGUGUAAUUUGAGUAAUUCAUAAUUCAUAAAUGUGAAUAUAAGCGGAAUUAAUGUAAAUUAAGCUUAGCUAAUUGGAUGUAAAUGGAGGAACUUAAAAAUAAAUGAAUUAAUUAAAUUAUAAGGCCAUAAAAACAGCAUUUAAUCAGUAUGCUUCUCUCCUGAUGGUAAGACAUUAGCUUCUGCCAGUGACGAUAAAUCUAUUAUUUUAUGGGAUGUUAAAACAGUACAAUAAAUAGCCAAAUUAAAUGGUCAUAGCAAUCCUGUCAGAUCAGUUUGCUUCUCUCAUGAUGGUGCUACAUUAGCAUCUGGUAGCGGAUAUCCUAUAUAUAACUUUGAAAAUGAUUCUGAUGAUUACUCUAUCCGUUUAUGGGAUGUUAAAACAGGAUAAUAAAAAGCAAAAUUAAAUGGUCAUUGUAAUUGUGUUUAUUAAGUGUGCUUCUCCCCAAAUAGAAGAAUAUUAGCAUCUUGUAGUGAUGAUAGAACUAUCCGUUUAUGGGAUAUAGAAAAAUAAAAAUAAAUAGCCAAAUUAGAGGGUCAUUAUAAUGGCGUCUAAUCUGUAUCCUUCUCACCUGAUGGUUCUAAUUUAGCAUCUGGUAGUUAUGAUAAGUCUGUGCGUUUAUGGGAUCCUAGGACAGGAUAAUAAAAAGCAAUAUUAAAUGGUCAUUAAGAUGAUGUCAUGUCAGUCUGUUUCUCUCCUGAUGGAACUACAUUAGCAUCUGCUAGUAAAGAUAAGUCUGUCCGUUUAUGGGAUGUUAAGACAGGAGAAUAAAAAGCCAAAUUAGAUGGUCAUUCAAGUUAUGUUAUGUCAGUCAACUUCUCUUCUGAUGGUGCUACACUAGCAUCUGGUAGUAGGGAUCACUCUAUCCGUUUAUGGGAUGUUAAGACAGGAUAAUAAACAGUUAAUUUAGAGGCUAGUUCUAUUCGAUCAGUUUGUUUCUCACCUGAUGGCUUAAUAUUAGCAUCAGGUAGUUAUGAUAAUUCAAUCAGUUUAUGGGAUGUUAGAGUAGCUCAAGAAAAUGCAAAAGUAGAUGGUCAUAGAAAUAUUUUCCAAUAAGUAUGCUUCUCUUCUGAUGGCAAUAAAUUAUAUUCUUGUAGUGAUGAUAAAACAAUCCGUUUUUGGGAUGUUAAGAAAGGUUAAUAAAUAUCCAAGUUAAAUGGUUUAAAUUAAAAUUUUCAAUUUAUAUGCUUUCCAAGUAAUGGUAAUACAAUUGCAUAUAUAUGUGAUGACCACUCAAUCAAUUUAAAGGAUGUUUAGACAGAGCAAUUAAUAGCCAAAUUAAAUGAUUAUAAUGGAACUGUGUUGUCAUUCUAAAUUAGCAUCUGGUAGUGA